AUGGGCCUGGGAGAUGCCGACCGCUGCAGAGAGAGAAUUUCCUGGGGGCCCCAUGGAAUCCCAGGCAGAGCUGGGCUUUGGCUCCCACCCCUGCAUCCCGCGCACAGCUUCCCCGGGGACGGCCAGAGCACCGAUGUCCAGGGCAAGGCCCCCGCAGCCAGCCCGCGGCUGGAGGGCAUCAGACGGCGGCUGGCGCGCUCCUUCCAGCGGGCGGUGCCACACUGGGGCUCGAGGCGCGCGCGGGAGGCGGCGGCGGCGGCGCUGGAGGAGCAGAGCCCGGCGCGCGUCGAGGGCGCCCUGGCCGGGCUGCGCGCGGAGCUGCUGGAAAUGCAUUUCCAAAGCCACCAGCUGGCUAGAACUUUACCGGACCUAAACGUGAAAACGCAGCAAUGGAAAAGGGAGUAUGAACUGGAAAUCACAUCAGAAUCUCAAAGCCUGAAAGAUAAUGCCAUGAAUCCAGAAUAA